AGUGCCUGGAGGGGAUCCGCCGCCAUCUCAGAUCUGUCGGCCUUGCCAGGGCCCACCGGAGAAAGCUGCAGCCCAGCUCCUAUCACACAUAUGGGGGACCAACCUUGUGCCUCCGGGGGCUCUGCGCUCCCUCCUGGAAACACGCGGGAAGCCAAGCCUCCAAAAAAGCGCUGCCUCCUCGCGCCGCGGUGGGAUUAUCCAGAAGGAACUCCCAUCGGAGGUAGUACAGCACUCCCCUCCGCACCUCCUCCCGCACCAGCCGGCCUGAAGUCGCACCCUCCUCCUCCGGAGAAGUAGUGAAAUGUAUUCCCCCCCCUACCCUACACCAGUUUUUGAGGGAUUGCAGUAUGACUCCAUUUCCCUGGUGCAUUUGUAAAAUAAUUUACCUGGUGAAGACAAUGAAGAUUAAUUUACAAUGCUACUCUGCUUUUUCUGAUGUUCUACGCUUGGAGGUUGUGAUUUUAAAGUCUGAUGAGUGUGAUUUCACCUCUUGAAUUUGGACAAACUCUAGGACAUGGGCAAGAUCAAGGUGUAGAUUUUUAAGACUGAAGGCCCUGACCCAUGAAAUGGUCCUGCAACAGCUAACUACUGCUCUUCUCUUGGUGAUGCCCAGUUCUUGCUGUAUAACUUUAAAACUCCACAGAUCCAUUAAGAUUCAAAUAAAUUUUGUUUCCUUGCUGUGUUAGAGCUGACUAUUAUCUAGUAAGUUAUGAAUUUCAAGUAACUAUUUAUUAGAAAUCUAUAAAAAUCUUACUAAGUAUCAAAAUGUAAACCUUCUCAAAUGGCCAUGUACUCAUUCAUUGUAGUGCGAAUAUAUCAGAAAGGGGGAGAGAGGUAAUAUUAUAUAUAAGACGCUCUCUACUUACUGUCAAUUUUUCUAUGGUAUAUGUAUCCUAUCAUAUUAACCUUCAUUGUAUAUUCUUCUAUAUCUUAACUGUUGUUCUAAAUUAGACAGUAUGUGCUUGUUUUUAUAAUUUUCUACUUCUAAAAUGCUCAGUAAUAAAGAAUAUCUUAACUUAAGAAAAACAUUUAUACAAAUGAGAAUGGAAAAAAUUAAAAUGGCAUAACUUUAUUCAAGAGCUUUCAAUAUUUCAUAGUUUCUGAGUUCCCAAAUGAGAGAUUUAGAGACAGGGAUAUGGUAUGUGUGUACGUUGUAAUUGUCUGCCAGGGAUAUGAAAAAGAGAAUUCUUGUAUUCUGAAUUACAAUAAAAGCUGCAUAUGUUUUUCUAA